AUGAGACUUGAAGCAGAAGUUGAAUCCUACCGGUGUAGACUGGCUACUGCUGUAGAGGAUCAUGACCCUUGUCAGGCAUCCGAAAGAGACGUACCGUUUGCUUUCCAGAGAUCAAUAGAUGAAUGGUUUUCUUUAUUGGAGAAAAUGAAUUUGAAUAUGUCUAACGUGAGACAGAACAAUGAGAACCUUUUUCAACGACUUGCCGGAGUAGAAAGUAAAAGCAACACCUUAGAAACUGAGCUCCGCCACGUAAGAGAUUCUGUCCAGGAAAGGACAUUGGUUUCAGGGGGAGGAAGAGACCACAGUCAAAACCAGUGUGAAAAGGAGGACGUGGAACACGUGAAGCAAAGGGAACAAGGGGAAGUGGAUCAAGAUAGGGGAGAGCAGGAAUCCUUAGUGGAGAAGCUAUCUCUCAUACAAAAUGAAAUUGUGCUGAUUAGAAAGCAACAGAAUCAGGCUCCCAAUAACACUCACGGAGAAGACAAGACAGUGAUUAACACCCAACAUCAGAUUCCAGAUACCAGGAAAAUAUUUGAUCAGGAAAAUGAAAAUUAUGUGCUUAAGCUGCUUCAGAUGAUUAAGGAGAUAAUCAACGAAUGGGAACAUUUCAAAGAAAGAAGACUUCAGACUGAAAAGGAUAAGGGAGAAGGAGAUGAUGAUGAUCUUAUAGCAAAACUGCCACCGGCAUCUUCAAAUAAAGAAAAGACACCUCAACAGGAGUUCACAGUGAACGCACUUCUAAAGGAAUGUGAAGAACUAAAGGCUGAAAAAGACAAGUGGAAACAAAAGACACAAAGCAUCUCAAGAAAUCCUGGAGCGUUAACAUGUACUCGUAAUGCUACAAUAGGAAGUCAUUUGGAACUCAGAACUCCUCUUUCGCAAACUACUCAAGAUGAUAUCAGAAAGUGUAUUAGAAAUAUACAAGAAGAAUUGAAAUGCUGGAACUUAUUGGAAAGGAAAUGAACUUUAUAAGUCAAAUGGAGAAUCAGAGAAGACAUAUUUAACUCAGUAAUUAGCCUCUAAACUUAAAACAUAAUUACUGUUGUGCCAGGUUCAUGAGCUUAGUGGGGCGUGAAAGCUCACUAAAUAGUAUAACUUUGUCAAAUGAUGUGAGUAAAUAAAUUUACCAUUCAAAUGUU